GUCUUGUGUCUGUCAGUGUUGCCGGCGCGGCGCGGCGCACCGGUCUACCUACCGCGUAGCAGUGGAGCGAGCGCCCCGUUCAACAGCUUCACUGGCGGACGAUCUCAGCGCAGUAAACUAAUCUACGAGCCUGCACGCCUGCACACGGGACGCGGGCAUCGGCAUUGUAGACGACAAGUCGGCGAGUCGAACUCAACAAGUGGGAUCUUCAGGGACGAGGAGUCGUAUCAGCAUGGCGGGAGGGGGGCCGCGCUCUGCUGGGCGCAGUUCGGGUGGGAGUGGCAGUAAUGGCAGGUCGAGGAAUGAGCUGUGGAGUCUGCUGACGGAGUACUUCACGCCCCGUCGCGAUUGUGGCGUUACUCUGCCUUCUGGACCCUGCGGACUAAUUCAUGUGAAAAACAAGCGUGUUCAGCUAAUUGUAGACCGACGAGAGUACUUGCACAGUAGCAUUUGUUCGGACAAGGAUUGCGAAACAACCACGGAAGCAGUCUUUUACAAAAACCCAGAAAAGAGAGUAGCUUUACUUGAAGGUGGACGCGGACAGUUAUUGAGUGGACCACCGGAUCCCGCUCUUGUAGCCAAAAUUCAAAAAUCUUUUAUACAAUUAGUCAACGAGUUUGCUGCUACAGUCAAACCAGGUAAAGUAGAAAACACUGAAAAUCAGCCUGUGCUUUAUGAAUCAUGUUGUGCGGGUCAUUGUGACGAGCUUAUCUAUUUGUUGGAGUUUGGAAAAAUAGAGGAGCUUGAUCGUUACCCAAAGGAAGAAUAUGCAAAAGUUAUGAGUUGCUAUCAUGGUGGUCAAGCUGUCGGGCACCACAUGUCUUUCUUUAUGUUUUAUAUAGUAAAUUUCUUCAUAGGAACAAAGUUGUUACUGUACAAUAAUGUUGAAAAUGCCCCAAAAUUGGAUAGUAUGUAUGAGUAUGCUUGUGAUGGUCAAACGUUCCUGCCAUACCAGCGGAAAAACUUGCAUUUGUGGAUGAAAGACUUGGAUGCAACGACACAAAUGUGCAAAGCGACCUUCCGCUGCAUUUAUCUGUAUGUUUAUUUACGACGUAAAUUUGAACCUGAGUACAAAAUUGAAACUGAUGGGACUUUAGAAUUAGGGUGCGGUGAUAGCAUUUGGUUGCGUCUUUUUAAUUACUGGCAGUAAGAUCAUCCUCUACCAGCGGUAAUCGAAUUGCACGGUUGACGAUUUCGAUUGUUUGUAGUUUGAAUUUUCCCUUUCCAAAAGUUGUCUAUUGGCUACACUGUAAAUCGUUACUGUUCGUCAACUGUCAUUCUGUAUUCAUACACCUGUCUUGCCGCCAAUAAACCAGUCAUCACAGUCUAGUCACCAA